CCGACAUCCUGGCUAGCACACGUGGGACACAAACUGCAGCGUGUGGUGCUGGUGCUGGCUCUGGUGGCCCGGAGGGGCUGCUGCCAAGUGAAAUAAAACAGCUUCAGAAACCCCUCCGGGGAUGCUGGCAACCAAGGUAAGGGUCUCUGAUGGGUGGACAGGAUUGCAGACGGGGUUGAUAUAAUGAAGAGAGCAUUCAUAUUACUGGUCUGGUGAAAGAUGUGCUGUCUGUCGUGUCUGUGUCCCCAGCAGCCCCGUGCCCUGGCCACGCUCCCUCACACGCACGCGUGCCCUCUCUCCAGGUGAGACCUCCGAGCCGGGGGCUUGGCUGGCACUCGGUGACUGCUGCAGAAAGAGGUGGGGCUGUCACAGCCCGAGCUGCUGCUGCCUUCCCGCUGACCUGAGUUCACGCUGCUGCUGCUGCUCUGUCAGCAUCGCCGUCGUCCCCGCCGUCAGUGCUUGCAGCCCAUUCGGGAAGUGCUUGCCUUUUCUCCAAGUGGCUGAUCACCGUUGUUUCAGGGCUAGCGUUCCUCUUCUCACCACAAAAGCACUGUAUCUUCUUGGAGUAUGGAAUUUGUAUGGAAAAGAAGGUGGUAUCUUCAGCUCGGCUGCGUGUUGAUAUUGAAACUGGUUUGUGCCAAUCUGGACUUUCAGAAAGAAACUCCAUCAAGCCUGGGUCAGAUUGACCACCAGUGCUGGGAGGUGUCAUCCCAUGGGCUGGUGGAAAUGAAGAAACUCAAGGUAGCAGACACAGUCAUUGCUCUCUGGGACUUCAUGAUGUUCCUGAAGGAAUCCCCCAAGCCCAAGCACAAUGAACUUUUCAAUGAUUUAGCCCAGAACUUCUGGGAUAUGUAUGUAGACUGUGUGCUCUCAAGAUCCCAUGGAAUGGGCAGAAGACAGCUAAUAUCUCCCAAAUAUUCUUCUACAUACUCACAUAGAACUUUAGAAGGGUCUGCUUUCACCAACCCAUUUUAGCCCAAAAGGGGAGAAAAUGAAGAUACCUCAGCAAGGCAACAUCAGAUUGAAGGAGCACAAAAGCACAGCAUAUAUUGUAGAUGCUUAGACAAAUCCAUUGGUGUGGUUCAACUUUUUUCUUUUUCUGUGUAAAGUGUUUAAUCAUUGCUAAACUCAUAUUUGUAUCAGUUCCCACAAGUUCCCCUUUGCUUUCCUUUCUUCCAGCCUACUAAGCUGCCUUCUUCCCACCACAUGUGAAUACUUUUGUGUUUUGAGUCAACACCUUUGUUCUCUCAGGUAAGCUUGUAAGUCUGAACCAGUGUGGUAUUUUUGUAGAGGCACAUCUUUUCCAAUAAUUCCCCUUUUUAAUAGUUAAUUUUGAUGGAAACCCAAUAUAUUUUUAUACAUUAAGCGAUGGAGAAAGUGUCAAUGUGCAUAUUUUAUAAACUGUCUUGCAUAUACAGUCCUCUUUACUUUUAAGAAUUGCAAAAGAGUGUGACACCAAGCUAGAGGAAAGGUUUAUGCUUAUUGUAUGCCCUGUGCAGUAUAAACUUUGUAAUUUAUCACUGCUUAGUCUAGUCUGCGGAUAAAGUAAAAUAUUUUUGUAUGCAGCAAGGUCUGUAGAAUAGUUAUUUUCUUGCUUAUUAACAUGUUAUUUGCAAAUGCUAUUAAAUUACAUUAAGAAGAGCACUUGGCACAAGACUGCUCUUAACUUACACAUUCAUACAGGUAAGGGGAUAGAAGCCAUCCCUGUCAUGGCAGGGAACAUAACAGCUGAGAAGAGAGCCGUGAAUGAAAUAGUUUGAAAGAGUGAGAGACUGGCCUGAGUACGUCUCACAAUGUAAGAAACCAACCAUCAUGGCAAAGCUGUAACCGCCUAGUUAUUCCACUUUUCCUGAGCACAGAGUGGCCUGACAACAAAUGGGAAGACUCAGAGAUGCUGACUGUUCUCUUCUCUUUGGACAAUGCAGCUUGUUCAGUCUCUGUUGUGUUCUAGCCUUUUAGGAGUUCCCAACUAGGUUUCAGUAUUGCAGGGAACCUUACUUGCACGGUAGCAGCACAGAAACAUUCUAAGUAACAAGAAAUGCAUCACACAUUAUGCUUAGUUCAUAUAUAGUGUGUAAAACAUCCAAAAAUUCUCAUAGGUUUGUAAAUGUUCAUCUAGGCAAAUAAAAUAUUGAACUGAAUCUUGUAAAAUUUCUCUCACCCUUCCAGAAAGGGUACAAAGUAGUGAGAAAUUUCUCUUACCCAUGGAUAUCAAUGUAAGUUCUGAUGCCAAAAAUAUUUAAAGCACA